GGCAGGGCCCUUCCUGGCAAGAUGAAGCCUACCGUCUUCCUCAUCCUUUCCCUGCUCCUCAUUUGGGUGAAGCAAGCAUCUGGAAAGAAACUCCUUGUUGCUGUUAAAGGACAAGAAACUGUGCAAGGUCAGGUUUGGACCACAGGACAGGAUCCCAUGGAAGAAGAAUUUAUAGUUCAACGUAAAGAUCCCAUGAUCGGUUCCAUUUGGGUUAAUGGACAAGGUUUCGUGGAAGAAGCAGUUUCAGUCAAAGGUCUCAGCUCUAUGAAAGGUCGCAUGCGAGUCAAGGGACAAGCUCUGAUUGGAAAAACUGUCUCUGUCAAAGGUCUCCACCCUGUGAAAGGUCGCAUGAGGGUCAAAGGACAAACUCUUAUGGGAAAAGCAGUUUCUGUCAAAGGUCACGGUUCUUUGAAAAGUCGCAUGCAGGUCAAAGGACAAGAUCUAAUGGGAGAAGAAUUUUUAGUUCAAGGUAAUGAUCCAGUGAUCAGUCACAUUUGGGUCAACCAAGAAGAUUUCGUGGAAAACCCAGUUUCAGUUAAAAGUCUUGGAAUGGUGAAAGGUCGAGGUUACCUGAAAGGUCAUGGCUAUCUGAAAGGUCAAGGUUCUCUGAAAGGUCAACUACAGAUCAAAGGACAAGAUUCCAUGGAAGAAGAAAUUACAGUUAAAGGUCUCCAACCUGUGAAAGGUCCCAUACAGGUCAAAGGACAAGAUCUCAUGGGAGAAGAAUUUUUAGUUCAACAUACAGAUCCAAUGAUCAGUCACAUUUGGGUCGAUGGACAAGAUUUUAUGGAAGAAGAAGUUUCAGAUAAAGGCCUCAGUCCUGUGAAAGGUCACAUGCAGAUCAAAGAACAAGAUCUGGAAGAAGCAGUGUCAGUUAAAGGUGUAGGCACUGUUAAAGGUCCAGGUUCCCUGAAAGGUCGUGGUUCUUUGAAAGGUCACUUACAGAUCAAAGGACAAGAUCUGGAUAAGGCAGUUUCAGCUAAAGGCCUCAGUCCUGUUAAAGGCCGCAGUUCUCUAAAAGGUCAGGGUUCUCUGAAAGGUCGGGGUUCCUUGAAAGGUCAGGGUUCCUUGAAAGGUAGUAUGCAGAUCAAAGGACAAGAUCUCACAGGAGAUAAAAAUUUAUUUCAAGGUCAAGAUCCAACAAAUGGUCACACUUGGGUUGGGGGACAAGAUUUUGUGGAAGAACCAGAUUCAGUUAAAAGCCUUGGUCCUGUAAAAGGUGGCACACAAAUCCAGGGACAAGACUUCCUUGGAGAAGCAGUUGCAGUUAAAGGCUUUGGUCCUAUUAAAGGUCAUAGUUCUCUAAAAGGUCGAGGUUCUCUGAAAGGUCUGGGUUCUCUAAAAGGUCAGAGUUCUCAGAAAGGUCGGGGUUCCUUGAAAGGUCAAGGUUCCUUGAAAGGUCAUACCCAGGUGAAAGGACAAGAUCUCAUGGGAGAAGAACCUUUAGUUCAAGGUCAAGAUCCAACAGGUGGUCACAUUGGGGUUGGUGGACAAGAUUUUGUGGAUGAAGCAGAUUCAGUGAAAGGCUUCAGUCCUGUGAAAGGUCGCACACAAGGCCAAGAACAAGACGUGGGACAAGCAGUUUCAGUUAAAGGGUUUGGUCCUGUUAAAGGUAGGGGUUCUCUAAAAGGUAGAGGUUCUCUGAAAGGUCGGAGUUCUCUAAAAGGUCAAGGUUCCUUGAAAGGUCGUACACAGGUCAAAGGACAGGACCUCAUGGGAGAAGAACCUUUAGUUCAAGGUCAAGAUCCAACAGGUGGUCACAUCGGGGUUGGUGGGCAAGACUUUGUGGAUGAAGCAGAUUCAGUGAAAGGCUUCAGUCCUGUGAAACGUCGCACACAAGGCCAAGAACAGGACCUCCUGGGACAAGCAGUUUCAGUUAAAGGCUUUGGUCCUGUUAAAGGUCGGGGUUCUCUGAAAGGUCGGGGUUCUCUAAAAAGUCUGGGUUCUCUAAAAGGUGGAGGUUCUCUGAAAGGUCGGGGUUCUCUGAAAGGUCCAGAUUCCUUGAAAGGUCGAAGUUCCUUGAAAGGUCGUACGCAGGUCAAAGGACAAGAUCUCACCGGAGAAGAACCUUUAGUUCAAGGUCAAGAUCCAACGGGUGGUCACAUUGGGGUUGGAGGACAAGAUUUUGUGAAAGAAACAGAUUCAGUGAAAGGCUUCAGUCCUGUGAAAGGUCGCACACAAGGCCAAGAACAAGACCUGGGACAAGCAGUUUCAGUUAAAGGCUUUGGUCCUGUUAAAGAUCAUGGUUCUCUGAAAGGUCGGGGUUCUCUAAAAGGUCUGGGUUCUCUAAAAGGUGGAGGUUCUCUGAAAGGUCGGGGUUCCUUGAAAGGUCAUACACAGCUCACAGGACAAGAUCUCAUAGGAGAAGAACUGUUAGUUCAAGGUCAAGAUCCAGUGGUUGGUAGACAACAUUUUGUGGAAGAAGCAGGUUCAGCAAAAGGCCUUAGUCCUAUUAAAGGUCGCAGUUCUCUGAAAGGUCACGGCUCCUUGAAAGGUCACCUACAGAGGAAAGAAGAUCUGGAUGAAGCAGUUUUAGUUAAAGGUCUCCAUCCUGUGAAAGGUCGCACACAAGUUCAAGAACAGGACCUCCUGGGACAAGCAGUUUCAGUUAAAGGCUUUGGUCCUGUUAAAGGUCAAGGUUCUCUGAAAGGUCCCAUACAGGUCAAAGGACAAGACCUCUUGGGAGAAGCAGUUUCAGUUAAAGGGCUCGGUCCUGUGAAAAGUCAUGGUGCUCUGAAAGGUCAAGGUUCUCUGAAAGGUCCCAUACAGGUCAAAGGACAAGACCUCUUGGGAGAAGCAGUUUCAGUUAAAGGCAUCAGUCCUGUGAAAAGUCAUGGUGCUCUGAAAGGUCACGAUUCUUUGAAAGAUCACCUACAGAUGAAAGGACAAGAUCUAAAUGAAGCAGUGUCCGUUAAAGGGCUCAGCCCUGUGAAAGGUGGCAUACAGGUACCGGGGCAAGACAUCCUGGGAGAAGCAGUUUUGGUUAAAGGUCUCACGCCUGUGAAAGAUGGCACACAGAUCCAAGGGCAAGAUCUCCUGGCAGAAGCAAUUUCGAUUAAAGGUCUCGCUCCUGGAAAAUGUGGCACACAAGUCGAAGGGCAAGACUUCCUGGGAGAGGCAGCUUUGGUUAAAGGUCUCGCCCCUGAGAAAGGUGGCACACAGGUCCAAGGGCAAGACGUCCUAGGAGAUGCACUUUCAGUUAAAGGUCUCCUUCCUGUGAAAGGUGACAUGGGAAUCAAAGGACAAGCUCUCAUACCAGAAGCAGUUAAAGGCUCUAGUACUAUGAAAAGCCUUAUGCAGCUCAAAGGACAAGAUGUUAUGAGAGAAGCAAUUGCAGUUAAAGGUCUCAGUUCUGUAAAAGAUCAAAUGCAGGUCAACGGACAAAAUCUCAUGGAAGUAGUUGCAGUUAAAACAGUCAGUUCUACAAAAGGUCAUAUACAGGUCACAGAACGAGAUUCCAUGGGAGAAUUUUUCAGUCAACAUAAAGAUCCCACGAUCGGUCACAUUUGGGUCACAGGACAAGAUUUCGUGCAAGAAUCAGUUUCAGUGAAAGGUCUAGAUUCUGUGAAAGGUGAAAUGCGAGUCAAAGGACAAAAUUUCGUUGGAGAAGCUGUUUCAGUGAAAGGUCUAGAUUCUGUGAAAGGUCAAAUGAGGGUAAAAGGACAACAUUUCCUUGGAGAAGCUGUUUCAGUGAAAAGUGUUAGUUCUGUGAAAGACUGUAUGCAAAUCAAAGGACAAGAUUUCACUGGAGAGGCAGUUUCAGUUGAAGGUCUCGAUUCUGUGAAAGGUCACAUGAGGGUCAAAGGACAAAAUUUCAUUGGAGAAGCAGUUUCAGUUAAAGAUCUUGGUUCUGUUAAAAGUCACAUGCAGUACAAAGGACAAGAUUUCCUUGGAGAAGCUGUUUCAGUUAAAGGUCUCCAUCCUGUGAAAGGUGACACGCAGGUCAAAGAACAAGGUCUCCUGGACAAAGCAGUUUCAGUAAAAGGGCUCAGUUCUGUGGAAGGAGGCAGGCAAGUCAAGGGACAAGCCUCCAUAGGAGAAGCAGUUUCAGUCAAAGGUCUCAGUGCUAGGAAAGGUCACUCGCAGGUUAAAGGUCAAGAUAUUCUACAAGAAGCAGUCCCGGUCAAAAGUGUGGGUCAUGUGAAAGGUGGCAUGCAGAUCAAAGGACAAGAUGUCAUGGGGAAAGUAGUUGCAGCCAAAGGUCUGGGUCCUGUUAAAAGUCACACGCAGGUCAAAGGACAAAAUUUCCAAGAUGCAGCAGUUUCAGUUAAAACUCUUGGUUCCAUCAAACGUCAGGGUUCUUCGAGAAGUCAAAGUUCUCUCAAAGGUCCCAUACAGAUCAAAGGACAAGAUUCCACAAAAGAAGCAGUUCUGGUACAAGGUCUAAGUUCUCCAAAAAGUCAUAUGCAGAUUCAUGAAAAUGCCAUGGAAGACACAGUUUUAAUCAAAGGUCAAGAUCGUAUGAAACGUCACCGGCAGUUUAAAGGACAAGAUCACAUGGAAGAACAUGCUGCAUUUAAAGGUCAAGGAAUGUUCAAAAGGCGAAGUUUCAGUAAACCUGGCUCCUGCCCUGACAUUACAGGGCAAUGCACACAGACAAGUGAUUCCAAGUGUGGGAGUGAUGUUGAGUGCCCAGGGACCAAGAAGUGCUGUGUGGGCAUGUGCGGUGGGAUGGAGUGUUUGAUCCCCGAGUGAGGCAAGCACUAGCUGGAAGAAAGGGGGACCCCUGCCAAUACAGAAGAAGGUUGAGUGGUGGGGAGUGAUGUCAGGGUGGUGGAAAGAAGGAAAUGGGGGAGUUGCUGGUCAGACUGAGAGACUGAGGGGUCUCAGAGGCCAUGCGCAAGAUGCAGAGGGGAUGUCCCUAUCUGUGUACUAGGUCUGAGUGCUUUGACCUGCUGAGUCAUAUCUCUGAUUCUCUUCUCAUCCACCAGGUAAAACCUGUCCUUACUGCACCUGUCCUGGGCCUAUGUCUGCAGGCCUUUCUGUAGUCCCUAGUAGCACUUAGUAGUCUUAGUAGCACUACCCUUUCCCAGUGCCCAUUGUUCCUCCUGAUCUGGAUGCCCAGUCUUGGGACUGCCUUUGUCUUCUACUUUCCAAUAAAAAAGAAA